AAAAGAAAUAGUUGUAUCUUCACUUUGUUACAGAGGAAACAAUCUCUAAUUCUAUCUCCUCAUCUCUUGCCCAAACUGCCACCACCACCUCUCUUUCCCUCCCUUUUCUUCUCACCGGGAUCCACCACUCUCCGCCGCCCAAACCACUGUCGAGAACCCAAAACAAACCAAGAUCACAGCUCUACCGUUCGAUUGUUAUCUCUCUCUUUCAAGUGCAAUGGCCACAACAAUUCCUUUUAUUUCUCCUACUACACUACCAAUGACAACAUCGCAGAAACUCUCUAUCGUUACAAAAACAGUACCAAACUUUGUUUCUUUACCUUCUUCUUAUUCUUCAUUCGUUUCUUGUUCACUUUCCAAGAGACAAAAAGAAUCAUCAUCGUCGUCAAGAAGAAGAGUGUGGGUAUAUAGCAACAAGAAUGGAGCAGUAUUUACAUUUGCUUGCUCUACGUCACCGUUUAUAGGAAGAGUUGGGUGGCAAAUGAGAGAAGGCAAUGCUUCUCUUUUGUAUUUUGGGAUUAAUAAUUCAAAUGCUGAAGUAGCUGCAAUUACAAAGACAAAGACAAAGACUUCUGAUUCUUCUCAACUUCUUUCUGCUAUGCUUCCUUUUGUUGUUGCUAUCACUGCUGUUGCUGCUCUUGCUCAACCUUCUACUUUUACUUGGGUAUCUAAGGAUAUGUAUGCUCCAGCUCUUGGUGGGAUCAUGCUGUCAAUUGGAAUUAAACUUUCCAUUGCUGAUUUUGCCCUUGCGCUUAAAAGGCCUAUACCACUGUCUGUUGGAUAUCUUGCGCAAUAUGUGAUGAAACCGGUCCUUGGGGUACUACUUGCAAAGGCAUGUGGGCUGUCUGAGAUGUUUUAUGCAGGUUUCGUCCUCACAUCUUGUGUUGCAGGCGCUCAACUAUCGAGCUAUGCCAGUUUCUUGAGCAAAGGGGAUGUAGCCAUGAGCAUUCUCCUCACCAGCACAACAACAAUUACAUCAGUGCUUGUCACACCUCUUUUAACUGGCCUUCUCAUUGGCUCUGUUGUUCCAGUUGAUGCCAUUGCCAUGUCAAAGUCAAUAUUGCAGGUUGUUCUUGCUCCAGUCACCCUUGGCCUGAUGCUCAAUACCUACGCAAAGCCGGUUGUAAAUAUAAUCCAGCCUUUGAUGCCAUUUGUUGCUAUGAUAUGUACCUCAAUUUGUAUUGGCAGCCCCCUAGCUAUAAACAGGAGUCAGAUUCUUUCUGCACAGGGUUUCAGAUUGGUUUUUCCAGUAUUGGCAUUUCAUACAGUGGCAUUCACUUUGGGAUAUUGGAUCUCUAGGAUUCCAUUCUUAAGGCUAGAUGAAGAAGUUAGCAGGACAAUUUCAUUAUGCACAGGCAUGCAAAGCUCCACCUUGGCAGGGCUUCUUGCAACUCAGUUCCUUGGGACUACUCAGGCCGUCCCACCAGCAUGCUCAGUAGUUGCCAUGGCUAUUAUGGGUCUUAGUCUUGCAUCGUUCUGGGGCAAUGGAUACCGGAUAAGAGACCUACCUUCCCUCCUCACCCCGCAAUUUGGUUCUACUGUCAAGGCUUAGGACAGCAACAUCGGAGAGCAUCUUGAGGACUAGAUGAGAUAAGCCUAGGUUAGUACACAAACUGAAGGUGUCUAGUUACAUCAGAAAAAAUAAAAAGAAAAAACGCCAUCAGAAAUGAAGGUUGAACCAACAUAACCGGUCAAUAGAAUAACAGUAAAAUAUAGGAGCAGGAGAAAAAAAUAUAGAUAGUUGGAACCAUGGCUGUGGCUGGUGUUGUAUAGUUAGAAGAGCUGUUUUCACCAGUUAUGCCUUAAAAAAAGGUUACUACUGUAUAUAUUAUGUGCAUAUUAAGUACAGAGUUCAGUGAAUAAAGAGUAUCUGUGCUUGCCUUCAA